AUGGCGCGGCAGCGGCGGCGGUGCCGAACAGAGCGGUCUCGACCCAGAGAUCUGGAUGUGCUCUUUGCUCUGAUCAAGAAGGGUAAUUGGAGUGCCGAUCAGCCAAGCCUGCCUUACCUUGAGCGCAAGCAAUCCUGGAUGGUGCAGUCGGUAGCCGAAUAUCCCUAUCUACACUCCCCCUGGGUUGCGGCAGCAGCACGUCGAGUCGCCUCGUUCGUCUUCUUUCGUACAGCUAAUCUGCUGCGGCGCCUGGAAUAUGCGCAAAGGAUUCCGAACAAGUACAGCAUUGCGUGUGCUAUUAGCGUCCACCGCAAAAUAUCAGGCCACCAAUUCAGCCGCCGCCUUAGACAACAGCCCAAGUUGAUAGUGGCGGGCCUCCGGCAUGGAGUGGUAUACGCUAACUGCCUGGUACCUGGCAUGUUAAGAGACGAGGCCUCGAGCAUGGUUGUUUAUACGCCUAAGCACGCCGGGGCGGCCACAGAGCAUCGGAGAUAUCCGUACUAA